AUGUUAGGCGAAUGUUAUGCGAACAUGAAAGCUAAUCAGCUGUUCCCGCUGUAAUUUUGUGAAGACAAAUGAAAUACGUUUUGGAAAUAGAUAAGAGCAUCGUUUGAUCAUGGAAGUUGUAUUCCCGUGCUAUUUGGAAGAAACACACAGCAUUAUCAUAGGUCAGCAACCGCUCAGUCAGCAGAUAACAAAUCGAUAGCGUGCUCCUGCAACCAGCUAUCUCCCUAACACGUGCGAUCUACUCAGAGGCUGACGGAAUUCCCACUUGGUUUACGUAAAAAGUUAAAAUCCCGCCAUGGAGGAAGUGGAGAUCGCCGUGGUAAAGAAAUCGAAUCCCGUUAAGUCGUUCAUUGCUGGAGGCGUAGGUGGUAUGUGCAAUGUAUUCGUCGGCUAUCCUUUGGACACCAUAAAGGUUCGUCUUCAAACCAUGCCCACUCCUUUACCAGGACAACCUCCUCGUUACAAGGGAGUUAUAGAUUGUGCCGCUCGGAUCUUUCGCCAGGAGGGUUUUCGAGGAUUCUACAGAGGCAUAUCAGCUCCCCUUGUGGGUGUGACUCCCCUAUAUGCUGUGGACUUUGCUGUCUAUGCGGCGGGCAAAAGAAUGUUCCAAACGGACGAACACAUCAAGCUCACCUAUCCUCAAAUCUUUGUUGCCGGCGCAUUGGCCGGACUUUGUUCCGCCCUCGUUACAGUGCCCACCGACCGAAUAAAAGUCCUGCUCCAGACACAAACCGUGUCCAAUGGACCGAUACUCUACAACGGAACCAUGGACACAGCCGCCAAGCUUUAUAGGGAGGGUGGGAUAAGGAGCCUCUUUAAGGGGACCUGUGCGAGCAUUCUAAGAGAUUCCCCCACCGGGUUCUAUUUUGUCACAUAUGAGUUCCUGCAGGAAUUGGCCAGAAAGAAGUCCAAGACAGGACAAAUUAGCACCACAUCAACGAUUAUUUCUGGCGGAAUGGCCGGCAUUGUGUUUUGGACCUUGGCCGUGCCCUUCGAUGUACUUAAAAGUCGCCUACAGUCGGCACCUGAGGGAACUUACAAGCACGGCAUUCGAAGCGUUUUCAGGGAGCUGAUGGCCAAAGAGGGCCCCAAAGCUCUGUUCCGCGGAAUUCUCCCCAUUCUACUACGUGCCUUUCCCUCCACCGCCGCCGUUUUCUUUGGCGUGGAGGUAACCAAUGAUUUGUUAAAGGCUUAGACUUAAGAAUUUGUAUUUUAGAGAGGCUGUUUAGUUAAUUAAAUAUUGUUAUUGAAGUAA